AUGCUACCAUUCGGAAUCCCUAGUUGCCUAGCAGAACACCUGGUAGACUGGCUUACCCUUCAGCAGAUAAUAGAAACCUGGGAAACACGCUUCAAUGAAUUCGCUCGCCGCCGCCCCGAUGUCACCAUCAUACCUACAACCCAUCAGUCCUCACGACCAACGUCACCUCAACCCGUCAGCGUGCAACAAAGGGACCCCUUGGGAACGAGGCUGAAAGCACGCCUGCACCAAUCGAAAGCCCACUUCCAAUCAGAAAUCGCAGACGACCUUUUCCUCGAAGCAGAGCUCAUGAUGUUAGCCUUCGCGACUGGCAUCAUGGACGUGGUGACCUUUCCCGACUACCAUGUCUUCGUCUCCAACCAAACAGGAAACAGCGCGCUCCUCGCCGUCGGGGCUCUUGGCCUUGGCGGUGAUCUCAUCAGCCUGCCGCAUGUGGGCACAAGUCUUGGAGUGUUUGCUGCUGGUGGCCUGAUCAGUGGCCAGCUUGGGAACGUAUUCGGCCGCAAACGACGCCUUUGGCUCUUCGUCACAAAUCUCAUUCAGACAGCCCUGGUGUUUACUGCGGCCGGACUGCGCCAACGUGCGAGCCACAAACCGAGCAUGGCGCUGAACCUGGGCAUCAUCGCACUUCUGGCUUUCGCGUCAGGUGCACAGGUUGCCGUGGCAAGGACGGUCGAGAUACCAGAGGUCUCGACUGCCAUGGUCACUUCGGCCUAUAUCGACUUCCUCGUUGAUAGAAACAUUUUUCGAUUACACAAUCGAGCGCGUAAUCGACGUGCUAUCUUCGUGGCGUGUUGUCAGAAUAUCAGGUAUGGUAGAAUAAGUAGUGUGUAG